CUUGACAUGGAACAUUUAUCAGGAGACAACUAGAAUAUAAAAGGACCAGGAAGAAAUAAACCCACCAGUAGAAGUGACGACGUGCAAUUGAUAAACGUGUACAAGUGUGUUUCAUGAAAGUUUCGUACAAUGAAAGGUGUCACUAUACUUUUGCUCGUCUUACUUGUUCACACGUUUGACGCCCAUAAUAAACAUGAGGGACGGAUGACAAAGCUAGAAAAAAAGCACACUUUGAAGAGGGAAGCAGCAGUUGAGAAAAUCCGCAAAUUGUAUGAAAAACUUGAUGAAAAAGACAGUGAAGAAAGUGAAAGAAGAAAACCUCCAAAUAUUUCGAAUUUGCCAGCGUGGAAACGCAAGCCAGAUUCUUCUGAUAGCGAUUGCGACUCCUCCAGUACGAAAGAUUCUUCUAAUUGUGAGUCAUCAAGUUCAACAGAUGAAAUCAGGUCCUCAAAAUCACGUUUACACAAACAAUCAAACAGCAAACAUGAGAAAUAUGAUUCAAGACGACAAAAAAAAGGAGAUCAUGCGAUAGGGCAUAAAGCAACACUAAACUUACUUGAAAAUUUCGAGGAACAAUUCAAACGCCUUUUAAAAAAACUAAUACCAAGAGUCAAAGAAAGAAUACAUAUAAUACAAAUGCUUAAAUACCACAGAAUAGAGUCAUGUCAAUCCCUCUCGCCAUUACAAUUCUUUUAUAAAAGACUCUAUGAAUAUAAUAAAGCUAGAUAUAUGGCGUGGAGGAAAAAGUUGGAGAUAAGAAAUUAUAUAUUAAGCCACAUGAAUCAUUUGGAUGCAGAAGCGAUAAUGCGUAAAUGCAACAUCCAACGAAAUAUUCCUUACGCCCUUCGUCGUGCCCAAAUGAAAAGAUGCAUAAAUGUUUACGCCUCAAUUAACAAGAUAUUUAAAAUUGUAACAAAACUACCUCGGCCAAGUUUAAAUCCAGCUGAUGAAAUACUGUGGCUGUGUAAUAAAACAUCACUACAUAAGUUAUCAACAACAGUAGAAAAAAAUAGCAAGGACACAGAAACAACUGCAAAAAUUACUACACAAGCUGAUGCUGACAAUUAUCCAUCGCCAAUAACAGAACCAGAAAGUAAAAAUCACACAAGUACUACAGAAUCAACAAGGCAUCGGGGAUCAAUCAAGGCACCUUCGUCCACAACUACUAGUAAAGAAACAGAGAACACCACCACAAGCAGAAUAUCCAUCAUUUCAAGUGCUGUUGAAACCACAACUGAAGCGACCAACACAAUACAAAGUCAUAUCACAACUACAAGCAGUAGCACUAAGCCAUCGUCUCUAACACAUAGAAAAAGACUAACAACCAGCUCAGUUCCCACUGAACAACCGUCACCUACAAUCAUUAUUCAGAACAAAAAUAGAACCCCGUCCAGGGAAAGACCAAAAACUUGGAGCGGUGCUCCAACCACAAAUGCAGGAACUGCCACGAUAGAAGGCCAAAAAAAGACUAUAAUUAGUAACAGUAAGCCAUCAUUAGUAACAACUGUUAAAACGAUAGUGAACAGAUCAAAUGAAGACACGCCAACAUCAAAUAUUAUUCAGGAAAGAAUAACCACCCUCUCGAAGGAAAGACCUGCCGCUUGGAGCAGUGCGCAUAAUACAAAUAAAGGACCUGCCACAGUACCGAGGAAAGAAAAGGUUAUAAUCAAUGGCAGCAAGCCAUUAUCACUAACAACUGCUACGACGUUGCGGCAUACAAGUAUACGCGGAUCAACCCAUAGUCCAGGACCAACUGAACACACGUCAUCUGCAAAUGUUAUUCAGGAAAGAAUAAGCACUCUGCCGAGGGAAAGACCUACCGCAUGGAGUAGUGCUCAUACUACAAAUAAAAGACCUGCCGCAGUAGCGAGCGAAGAAGAGGUUAUAAUCAGUGACAAUGAGCCAUCAUUACUACCAACUGCUAAAACGAUAGGGCAUACAAAUACAGGCGGAUCACCCAAUCAUCCAGGACCAAGUGAACACACGUCAGCUGGAAAUAUUAUUCAGGAGAGAGUAAGCCCCCAGCCUAGGGACAGACCUGUCGCUUGGAGCAGUGCUCAUACUACAAGUAAAAGACCUGCCGCAGUAGCGAGGGAAGAAGAGGUUAUAAUCAGUGACAAUAAGCCAUUAUUACUACCAACCGCUAAAACGAUAGGGCAUACAAGUACUGACGGAUCAACCAAUCAUCCAGGACCAAGUGAACACACGUCAGCUGGAAAUAUUAUUCAGGAGAGAGUAAGCUCCCAGCCAAGGGACAGACCUGUCGCUUGGAGCAGUACACAUACUACAACUAAAACACCUACCGCAGUAGCAAGGGAAGAAGAGGUUAUAAUCAGUGACGAUAAGCCAUCAUUACUACCAACCGCUAAAACGAUAGGGCAUACAAGUACUGCCGGAUCAACCAAUCAUCCAGGACCAAGUGAACACACGUCAGCUGGAAAUAUUAUUCAGGAGAGAGUAAGCUCCCAGCCUAGGGACAGAUCUGUCGCUUGGAGCAGUACACACACUACAACUGAAACACCUACCGCAGUAGCGAGGGAAGGAGAGGUUAUAAUCAGUGACGAUAAGCCAUCAUUACUACCAACUGCUAAAACGAUAGGACAUACAAGUACUGACGGAUCAACCAAUCAUCCAGGACCAAGUCAAUACACGUCAGCUGCAAAUAUUAUGCAGGAGAGAAUAAGCCCCCUGUCGAGGGAACGACCUGUCGCUUGGAGCAGUGCUCAUACUACAACUAAAAGACCUGCCACAGUAGCGAGGGAAGAAGAGGUUAUAAUCAGUGACAAUAAGCCAUCAUUACUACCAACUGCUAAAUCGAUAGGGCAUACAAGUACUGACGGAUCAACCAAUCAUUCAGGACCAAGUGAACACACGUCAGCUGGAAAUAUUAUUCAGGAGAGCGUAAGCUCCCAGGCUAGGGAAAGACCUAUCGCUUGGAACAGUGCUAAUACUACAACUAAAAGACCUACCGCAGUAGCGAGGGAAGAAGAGGUUAUAAUCAGUGACAAUAAGCCAUCAUUACUACCAACUGCUAAAACGAUAGGGCAUACAAGUACUGACGGAUCAACCAAUCAUCCAGGACCAAGUCAAUACACGUCAGCUGCAAAUAUUAUGCAGGAGAGAAUAAGCCCCCUGUCGAGGGAAAGACCAGCCGCUUGGAGCAGUGCUCAUACUACAAGUAAAAGACCUGCCGCUGUUGCGAGCGAAGAAGAGGUUAUAAUCAGUGACAAUGAGCCAUCAUUAGGAGCAACUGCUAAAACGAUAGGGCAUACAAGUACUGACGGACCAACCAAUCAUCCAGGACCAAGUGAGCACACGUCAGCUGGAAAUAUUAUUCAGGAGAGCGUAAGCUCCCAGGCUAGGGAAAGACCUGUCGCUUGGAACAGUGCUCAUACUACAACUAAAAGACCUGCCACAGUAGCGAGGGAAGAAGAGGUUAUAAUCAGUGACAAUAAGCCAUCAUUACUACCAACUGCUAAAACGAUAGGGCAUACAAGUACUGACGGAUCAACCAAUCAUCCAGGACCAAGUGAACACACGUCAGCUAGAAAUAUUAUUCAGGAGAGCGUAAGCUCCCAGGCUAGGGAAAGACCUGUCGCUUGGAACAGUGCUCAUACUACAACUAAAAGACCUGCCGCAGUAGCGAGGGAAGAAGAGGUUAUAAUCAGUGACAAUAAGCCAUCAUUACUACCAACUGCUAAAACGAUAGGACAUACAAGUACUGACGGAUCAACCAAUCAUCCAGGACCAAGUCAAUACACGUCAGCUGCAAAUAUUAUGCAGGAGAGAAUAAGCCCCCUGUCGAGGGAAAGACCAGCCGCUUGGAGCAGUGCUCAUACUACAAGUAAAAGACCUGCCGCUGUUGCGAGUGAAGAAGAGGUUAUAAUCAGUGACAAUGAGCCAUCAUUAGGAACAACUGCUAAAACGAUAGGGCAUACAAGUACUGACGGAUCAACCAAUCAUCCAGGACCAAGUGAGCACACGUCAGCUGGAAAUAUUAUUCAGGAGAGCGUAAGCUCACAGGCUAGGGAGAGACCUGUCGCUUGGACCAGUGCUCAUACUACAACUAAAAGACCUGCCACAGUAGCGAGGGAAGAAGAGGUUAUAAUCAGUGACAAUAAGCCAUCAUUACUACCAACUGCUGAAACGAUAGGGCAUACAAGUACUGACGGAUCAACCAAUCAUCCAGGACCAAGUGAGCACACGUCAGCUAGAAAUAUUAUUCAGGAGAGCGUAAGCUCCCAGGCUAGGGAAAGACCUGUCGCUUGGAACAGUGCUCAUACUACAACUAAAAGACCUGCCGCAGUAGCGAGGGAAGAAGAGGUUAUAAUCAGUGACAAUAAGCCAUCAUUACUACCAACUGCUAAAACGAUAGGACAUACAAGUACUGACGGAUCAACCAAUCAUCCAGGACCAAGUCAAUACACGUCAGCUGCAAAUAUUAUGCAGGAGAGAAUAAGCCCCCUGUCGAGGGAAAGACCAGCCGCUUGGAGCAGUGCUCAUACUACAAGUAAAAGACCUGCCGCUGUUGCGAGUGAAGAAGAGGUUAUAAUCAGUGACAAUGAGCCAUCAUUAGGAACAACUGCAAAAACGAUAGGGCAUACAAGUACUGACGGAUCAACCAAUCAUCCAGGACCAAGUGAGCACACGUCAGCUGGAAAUAUUAUUCAGGAGAGCGUAAGCUCACAGGCUAGGGAGAGACCUGUCGCUUGGAACAGUGCUCAUACUACAACUAAAAGACCUGCCACAGUAGCGAGGGAAGAAGAGGUUAUAAUCAGUGACAAUAAGCCAUCAUUACUACCAACUGCUGAAACGAUAGGGCAUACAAGUACUGACGGAUCAACCAAUCAUCCAGGACCAAGUCAAUACACGUCAGCUGCAAAUAUUAUGCAGGAGAGAAUAAGCCCCCUGUCGAGGGAAAGACCUGCCGCUUGGAGCAGUGCUCAUACUACAAGUAAAAGACCUGCCGCUGUUGCGAGCGAAGAAGAGGUUAUAAUCAGUGACAAUGAGCCAUCAUUAGGAACAACUGCUAAAACGAUAGGGCAUACAAGUACGGACGGAUCAACCAAUCAUCCAGGACCAAGUGAACCCACGUCAGCUGGAAAUAUUAUUCAGGAGAGCGUAAGCUCCCAGGCUAGGGAAAGACCUGUCGCUUGGAGCAGUGCUCAUACUACAACUAAAAGACCUGCCGCAGUAGCGAGGGAAGAAGAGGUUAUAAUCAGUGACAAUAAGCCAUCAUUACUACCAACUGCUGAAACGAUAGGGCAUACAAGUACUGACGGAUCAACCAAUUAUCCAGGACCAAGUGAGCACACGUCAGCUGGAAAUAUUAUUCAGGAGAGCGUAAGCUCCCAGGCUAGGGAAAGACCUGUCGCUUGGAACAGUGCUCAUACUACAACUAAAAGACCUGCCGCAGUAGCGAGGGAAGAAGAGGUUAUAAUCAGUGACAAUAAGCCAUCAUUACUACCAACUGCUAAAACGAUAGGACAUACAAGUUCUGACGGAUCAACCAAUCAUCCAGGACCAAGUCAAUACACGUCAGCUACAAAUAUUAUGCAGGAGAGAAUAAGCCCCCUGUCGAGGGAAAGAACUGCCGCUUGGAGCAGUGCUCAUACUACAAGUAAAAGACCUGCCGCUGUUGCGAGCGAAGAAGAGGUUAUAAUCAGUGACAAUGAGCCAUCAUUAGGAACAACUGCUAAAACGAUAGGGCAUACAAGUACUGACGGAUUAACCAAUCAUCCAGGACCAAGUGAGCACACGUCAGCUGGAAAUAUUAUUCAGGAGAGCGUAAGCUCCCAGGCUAGGGAAAGACCUGUCGCUUGGAACAGUGCUCAUACUACAACUGAAAGACCUGCCACAGUAGCGAGGAAAGAAGAGGUUAUAAUCAGUGACAAUAAGCCAUCAUUAUUACCAACUGCUAAAACGAUAGAGCAUACAAGUACUGACGGAUCAACCAAUCAUCCCGGACCAAGUGAACACACGUCAGCUGGAAAUAUUAUUCAGGAGAGCGUAAACUCCCAGGCUAGGGAAAGACCUGUCGCUUGGAACAGUGCUCAUACUACAACUGAAAGACCUGCCACAGUAGCGAGGGAAGAAGAAGUUAUAAUCAGUGACAAUAAGCCAUCAUUACUACCAACUGCUAAAACGAUAGGACAUACAAUUACUGGCCGAUCAACCAAUCAUCCAGGACCAAGUGAACACACGUCUGCUGCUAAUAUUAUUCAGGAGAGAAUAAGCUCCCUGUCGAAGGAAAGACCAGUCACUUGGAGCAGUGCACAUACUACAAGUAAAACACCUGCCGCAGUAGCGAGGGAAGAAGAGGUUAUAAUCAGUGACAAUAAGCCAUCAUUACUACCAACUGCUAAAACGAUAGGGCAUACAAGUACUGACGGAUCAACCAAUCAUCCAGGACCAAGUGAACACACGUCAGCUGGAAAUAUUAUUCAGGGGAGAGUAAGCUCUCAGCCUAGGGACAGACCUGUCGCUUGGAGCGGUGCUCAUACUACAAGUAAAAGACCUGCCGCAGUAGCGAGGGAGGAAGAGGUUAUAAUCAGUGACAAUAAGCCAUCAUUAGGAACGACUGUUAAAACGGCAGGGCAUUCAAGUACAGGCGGAUUAACCAGUGAACCACGUCCAAGUGAACACGUGUUAUCUGGAAAUAUCAUUCAAGGAAAAGUAAGCACCCUGUCGUGGGAAAGACCUACUCCUUGGAUCAAAGCUGAUACCAUAAGUGAAGGUACUGCCAAAACAGCGUGGCAGAGAGAGGCUAUAAUCAGUGGCAGUAAGUCGUCAUCAGUAAAAAUUGUUGAAACGAUUGGGCAUACAAGUACAGAAAGACCGACAAGUCGUCCAAAACCAACUGAACAAACGUCACCAGAAUCGACUAUUUAUGACAGAAUUAACACCAUUUCGAGCAGUACCCCCACCAUUUGGAGCAGUGCUAAUACUACAACUGACGGAACUGUCACAGCCGCGAAACACGGAGAGACUAUAAUCAGUAACAGUAAGCCAUCAUUAGGAACAAUUAUUGAAACGAUUGUACAUACAGCUACAGAUAGACCGACAAGUGAGCCAACUGAACAAACGUCAUCCGGAACAAUUAUUUAUGACAGAAUUAACACCAUUUCGAGCGGAACACCCAUCACUUGGAGCGGUGCUGAUACUACAAUUAUAGGAACUGUCACCGCAGUGGGGCACUGAGAAAAUGUAAUCAGUAGCAGUAAACCAUCAUUAGUAACAAUUAGUGGAUAGGGCAUAGGGCAUACAAGUGCAGGAAUAUCAACAAAUAGUUCAGGACCAAGUGAACAGACGUCAUCUGAAACUAGUAUUCAAGAUAGAAUAACACCAUCUCGAGCGAAACACCCACCACUUGGAACAGUGCUGAAACCUCCACUGAAGGAACUGCCACAACAGGGGAGGAAGAUCAACAAGUAUGUCAGGGUCAGCUUGACAGCUUCAUCUAGAUCUACUAAAGAAGGUACCGAUAGCGUCACUUGAAUUAGAAGGUCCACUACUUCAGGCAGAUUUGAAGGUACGGUAGAAGUUCAAUCAAUGACUCGCUAGUAGCAAUGGACCAUAUUUGAUAACCGCCAGUGAAACUGAAGAGACAGAUACUGACAAAUAAUCAAGUCAUUCAGGGUUAACUAGUGAAACUGCAGUUGGUUUUACUGGCAGAGACAUUUAGAAAGCGCAGGAACCGCAAUUGGAGAAACUAGCACAAUUGGAAAGUGAGCUUAUCAUUAGUGAUUUUAUUAAAUUACUUUUAAUGUUGUUGAGGUGUAUAAUUUUCGAUUCGUGGAUAUGGUGGUAGGAGGAAUUUUUGUGACCAUAAAUUUGUGGUCAUACUGAUUUGCACACAUUGUAGCACAGAAAAUGUUCUUAUAAUUCUGGUUAUCAUUAAAAGUUCUAUGACUGGAAAUACUAAUAGUUUUACUCUAAAGUCAUGCAAAUGCCAUUAUUGCUGUAGAAGAUUGAAUAAUAAAAAAGGUUAGAUAGUAAAGUAUUUAACAAGAAUUUCCAUUAUACUUAUUAUUUCCUCUUAUUUACCUUAAAAUCGACACUUCCUAUUCAUAUUUUAUGAAUCAACUUUAUGAAUAACACAUUGGACAAACGUUUAAUUGAUUUCCAUAUACAAGGGAUGAUCAUAAUUUAUAUUCAUACAUGUUUAUCUUUCAUAGUAUAAUUUCCACAUAAAUUUCUAAUUCGUAGAAACAAUACGUGGAUUAUCCAUUUAUGCAUUGAUUAACUAUAAUACUUUGAUUAUUUCAUAAAUAUAACAUCUAUACUUGAUGUCACGAGAGUCCAUAACUAAGCGCGCAGGUUGGAAGAUGGCGGGGGAACGCAGCGAUGGUGGGGAAAAGCGAUCCGCCAAUCGCUUUCCACUUCCGCUGGAAGUAUCACCAAUCAGAACGACAAUGCGCAGAAAAGAACGAAAACUGGUCUUUUCGCAGUUAUGGACUCUCGUGACAUCAAGUAUACAUACAGUAUUUAUAUUUUAGACUUAAAAAGUUACAAACAUUCUUCAAAUAAGAAGUCGAACGCAAAAGUCCAGGUAUUAGUGCUUAAGCGUAAUUGCAAUGCAGAUGUGCCACCAUUAAUCCCAAUUAAAAUAUCAUUUCUAAAAUUACGUAUGUAUGAACAAUAAGCCACCAUACCGCGUAUAAUAAUUCAAUUGUGUCUACUGUUACGCAAAUAUCUUAAUUAUACCAAGUUUGUUGAUAAACAAACGUUAAUUAAAGAAACAAGUCGAUUAGCUA